AUGGUAAGAUCCAACAACGUGAAAUUCCAAGUCUAUGACGCAGAGCUGACACAUUUCAACUUCGAGGACAAGAACAACUACCUCGACUACAAUCUCACUUUGAACCUAUCCAUCCGAAACUCCAAGAGUAGUAUCGGCAUCCAUUACGACCGGUUUGAAGCAAACGUUUACUACAUGAACCAUCGGUUAGGAGCUGUUCCCGUGCCGUCGUUCUACCAGGGAAGCAAGAACACGACGGUUCUCAAAGCAUUGUUCGAAGGCCAAAACCUAGUUUUACUCGACGAUAAAGGACGCAACAAGUUUGAAGAUGAUCGGAAGAGUGGGGUUUACAGAAUCGACGUGAAGAUGAGCAUUGGUUGUAGGAUUAUGGUUUUGCAUUUAGUGACAUGGCCGAUGAAACCUAUCGUACACUGUCAUCUCAAGGUACCAUUAGCGUUAGGUUCCUCUAACUCAACAGGAGGGCACAAGACAAGAUUACAUAUUAUGCAGUUGGUUAAAGACACUUCGGCAAAACUUAAGGAAGCGAGUGAAACUGAUCAUGGCAGAGAUGUUGCUCAAAGUAAGAAGAUUGCAGAUGCUAAACUUGCCAAAGAUUUUGAAACUGUGUUGAAAGAGUAUCAGAAAGCACAGCAUAUUGCUGCUGCAAGAGAAACUUCUUACACUCCUUUCGAUUCAAAAGAAAACCUUUCUUCAAGUGAGGUGGACAGUGACUAUAAUAGAUCACAAGAGCAGCGUGUCCUCAUGGAAUCUAACAGGCAAGAAUUUGUGUUGCUUGACAACGAAAUUUCCUUCAACGAAGCGGUGAUAGAGGAAAGAGAACAGGGAAUACAGGAAGUUCAGCAGCAAAUCGGUGAAGUAAACGAGAUUUUCAGAGAUCUUGCGGUGUUAGUUGAAGAUCAAGGAGCCAUGAUCAAUGAUAUCGGUAGCCACGCCGAGAAUGCAUAUUCAGCAACAGCUCAGGGAAAGUCCCAUCUCUUGAAAGCAUCCAAGACACAAGGAUCAAACUCAUCCCUGAUGUGCUUGCUAAUGGUGAUAUUUGGGAUCAUUCUUCUCAUCGUUAUCAUAGUACUAACAGCUUGAGAUGACCAGUGCAACAUCAUUGUGGUCGUACAUUCGAGAGAGAAGUCUUGUUUCUGGACAUAGAAAUCUGAGUGUGCAAAGCCAUACUUGUGUCUGUAUAUUAUUAUUCAAUCUUCUUUCUUGUUGUUACUUCGCUAUGUGAAUGUUGAUGGUAAUAAAGAAAAGGCAUAAAUUUGAUUUCGGCGA